GACAUCUUUUGAUUGGUUUGUUGUUUUUGGAGCUGAUUAUUUUUUGGGGCCAGCAGCCAUCACCCAUGCAAUUUACAAGCAGGGAGCAUACUGGCGAAAGAGAGACAAUAACAAAUAGACGCGAAGAGACAAACGAAAUAAUUGGGGGGAUCAUCAUCUCAAAAAUCAUAUGCCGGCACACAAAACAAGAAGCAACAACAAAAAAAAGCGCACACCAACCAAAAUAUUGAUUAAACUACUUUUCUUAUCAGUUGGAACGAAGUUGGUUUUUUAUCGUUACUGGGUCAUUGUUGUUGUUCGACCAGUUUUAUUGGUUGGUUGGGAAAUACUAUACAAGAGAAAAGAAAAAACGCCUGGCAGUUGGUCUUUUUAUUGUGCUAAGGGGAGGAAGGAAAAUUGUGAAGUGAAAAUACAACAAACAGAAUAAACAACUGCAAAAGUCUGACGUGUCAUAAACGAGAUUUUUUUACAUUCAAUAUUUUCACAGAGUAUUUAUUUUGAUAACAUCGUCUGUCGUCGUCAUGUGUGGGUCAUCGCCUCAAGUCACAAAAGGCACGAGAGCCUUAAUUUUGGUUGGUGGCUAUGGCACCAGAUUGCGUCCGUUGACCUUGAGUACGCCAAAGCCGUUGGUGGAGUUUGCAAACAAGCCAAUAUUAUUGCAUCAAUUGGAGGCCUUGGUUAGUGCGGGAUGUACCCAGGUCAUAUUGGCUGUUUCAUAUCGCGCCGAGCAAAUGGAAAAAGAAUUAAAAAUUGAGGCAGAAAAGUUGGGUGUUGAGCUAAUCUUUUCCCAUGAAACAGAGCCUUUGGGCACUGCCGGCCCCCUGGCCUUGGCAAAACAUAUUCUAAGUGCCAGUCCUGAACCAUUUUAUGUUCUAAACUCUGAUGUGAUCUGUGAUUUUCCAUUCAAACAAUUGGAGCAAUUCCAUCGCAAUCAUGGGAAGGAGGGCACAAUAGUUGUGACCAAAGUGGAAGAACCCUCUAAAUAUGGUGUUGUUCUGUACGAUGAACAUGGUUGCAUUAAGAGUUUCAUAGAAAAACCCCAAGAAUUUAUAAGCAAUAAAAUCAAUGCCGGCAUUUAUAUAUUCAAUCCAUCUGUGUUGGAUCGCAUUGAAGUGAAACCCACAUCAAUAGAAAAGGAAGUAUUCCCGCUAAUGGCGGAAGAGCAUCAAUUGUAUGCAAUGGAAUUGCCUGGCUUCUGGAUGGAUAUUGGACAGCCAAAGGAUUUUCUAACUGGAAUGUGUCUUUAUCUUAACUCUUUGCGACAAAAACAACCCGCAAAUCUUUACACAGGCCCCGGAGUUGUUGGCAAUGUUCUUGUCGAUCCUACUGCCAAAAUUGGCCAAGGCUGUCGAAUCGGUCCGAAUGUGACAAUUGGGCCAGAUGUUGUCAUCGAAGAUGGUGUCUGCAUAAAACGCUCAACAAUACUCAAGGGAGCUAUUGUCAAGUCACAUUCCUGGCUGGAUUCCUGCAUUGUGGGCUGGAGUUCAAUAGUGGGCCGUUGGGUGCGACUGGAGGGUACCACGGUGCUGGGUGAAGAUGUCAUUGUUAAAGAUGAGAUCUACAUCAAUGGUGGACAAGUGCUGCCGCAUAAAAGUAUAGCAGCCAGUGUGCCAGAACCUCAGAUUAUAAUGUAGAGUGUAAACAAACAACAUAGGACAUACACCCUAGAUUAAUGAUUAGUUGGAAGUUGUUUUAGCUUACAGUAAAUGGGAGGAAUAUAUUACCGCAGGGCGAUAUUAGAACAAGCUCUUUUUUACCUCAACUUUCUGUUACUUUUUUUACAAGUAAACAAUGUUGCAAUUGUUUCAUUACCCUACACUACAGAGAAAUAUAUGUUAUGUGGCAACAGACGUUUUGAACACUUUGUGUUUAUGCAAUAUUAUUAUCUAAACCUUAACAUUGUGCUUUCUUUAUACAAAAAUCUAUAUUUUCCUUAUAUGAAAUAGUUUUCUUAUGUCAAAAUAUUUUUUAAAUAUUUGUGUUUCUUAUAUCUGCUUAAUUAUUGUUUGUAUUAAAGAUAACCAUUAUUGAUACAUAUAUUUUGUAUUUAAUUCAAGCGUUUCCAAUGUUUAAAACUUUUCUAUACUUAUAUUUAAAGACAAGUUUAUUUAUUGGCUAAUUAUUUUACAAAAUUCUCCUUGCUUAGUUACAACAAAUUUUGACAUGCAUAUAAGUGCCGAGCAUUUUUUCCAUUACCUAAAGAUAAUAAUGCUGAAUAUAUUGUUUCAAGAAAUAUAUAUAUACUAUGAGAUAAGAUUUUUUUUACAAUUUAAAGUCAUUUUAUAUAAGAUAAAUGAAUAAAAGAAUC